AUGGCUCCAGGCAGAGGUAAAGGCAAGGCUGCCGUCAGGUCGACGGCGAGCGCUGCGAGAGCUCCUGCGACACGGUCAAAGCGGCCAGGCGCAUCAACAUAUACUGACGAUGACGUUGCUGAUGUCUACACAUCCAUGGUAGCAGAGGCAGAAGCUGCAGAAGCUGCAUCCGAACAUCGACCGCUAAAGAGGAGACGAGUCGCUCCAAAUCCGAGAUUAGAGAGGCCGGCAGAUGUUGAGGUCCAGUCAGCAGAUGUGGUCACUCCUUCUUCGCCUGUCUCUGCAACACCCUUGGCACCCGUUACACAAGAACCGGCAAGGCUACAGACUGUGCAGGACUCUUCAGAGUCGGAAGGAAGCGAUCUAGAGUUUGAAGAUGUUGAUGUCGAUCGCGUUGGCAACGUUUCCGACGGAUCAGUGGACGGCAUAGAAGAUUUGUCUAUUGCUGUCGAGCCCGAGAGCAGCACUAGAAAGAGUGCCCUGCCCAGGCGCAAACCCGGAACGGCCGUUGAGAAGGCGCAUCGACUGCUUGUACACAAGCUUCAUCUUCUAUGCCUACUUGGUCACUGCAUGUACGUUAAUGGAAGAUGCAACAAUGCUGCAGCUCAACGCCACGUUCGCUCUGUACUAAGCUCGAAGACUGUGUCAUAUUUGAAUCCAAAACAGAAUGAUACACAAUUCCAGCGGAAUCGGUCUUUCAUGGACGGGCUUGAACAGGCGGUGAAUAAUUUCAAUGCCGAAUACCGAGUGACUGGUUCAGGACUGAUGAAGCCUCAUUGGAAUAUCGAUGGAGACAUGCCUGAGGUUCGCGAGACAGGACUUACACCUACUGAUAGCUCCGACUUCGUCUUAGCGGCCAAGGAUCUUGAAGGGUCGCAGGAUCUUGGUAAUCAACUCUUUUGCACGUUGCUUCGCUCAGUUGGCGUCGACGCUCGCAUAGUUUGUUCAUUACAACCGCUGCCGUUCAGCAGUGCUCCGAAGUCCAGCACACCCAGCAAAGCGAGGAGCACACCGAACAGAGUCUUUUCCGCACAGACGUCCUCUCCCAUCAAGAUCAGCAGCAACGACGACAAAUCUAUCAGCAAUUCCAAGACUAUAGGCAAAGUCCCUUCAGUGCGAAGACGUCUUGGUCAGCCGGACUUUGCUGCUGAAUCAAGCAAGCCGCAGGUUGUGAAGAAGAAGACUAAAUCUGCCCCUAAACUGCAGUAUCCUGUUUUCUGGGUAGAGGCUUUCAACGAGGCGCAGCAGAAAUGGAUUGCUGUCGACGCAGUAGUGACGAACACGGUCAACAAGGCCUCGAAAUUGGAGCCUCCAGCUUCGUACGAUCUUGGGCAAUUGAGUUAUGUUAUAGCUUGCGAAGACGAUGGCACUGCUCGUGACGUGACCAGACGCUACGCCAAAGCCUUCAACGCGAAGACUCGCCGACAUCGGGUAGAAGCAUCACAGAAUGGCGCAAAGUGGUGGAAGGCAGUCAUGCGAUUCUUCCGACGACGCGGUGGGAAGCUUGAUCGUGAACAGGUCGAGGAUGCUGAGCUGGCACAGAAAGAAGCGAGAGAGGGGAUGCCCAGCAACGUUCUCGACUUCAAAGAUCAUCCAUAUUAUGCACUAGAACGCCAUCUCAAACGACACGAGACAAUCCAUCCCAGACGCGAAAUGGGAAAAGUGAACGCUGGAACAGCUGCCAAACCUCGACUGGAGCCCGUAUUUCGUAGACAAGAUGUCCAGGUGUGCAAAAGCGCGGACAAGUGGUAUCGUGUGGGUCGCGAGAUCAAGGAGGGUGAGCAACCACUGAAGCAUGUUGCUGCACGCACGAGGCGGCAUGUGUUAGUCGAUGACGAGGACGAAGAAGCAGCGACGACUCCUCUAUAUGCUCCCUUCCAGACUCAGCUUUACAUGCCGCCCCCAGUACAGCGCGGUCGCGUACCGAGAAAUGUCUAUGGCAAUUUAGACAUAUAUGUGCCUUCAAUGGUACCGCCAGGUGGCACGCACAUUAGACAUCUGCUUGCUCAGAGAGCUGCACGGCUUCUGAAAGUCGAUUCUGCGGAUGCGGUAACUGGUUUCAAAUUCCAAGGUCGGCAUGGCACAGCAGUUAUCGAUGGUGUCGUUGUCGCGGAACAAUAUGCUGAUGCGGUCUGGGCGGUUAUCAAUGGUAUCGAAGAUGAGAUGGAGGAAGAAGCAUCUAGGGCAAGAAGUUUGAUGGCUUUGAAAAUGUGGAAGCGAUUUUUGACUGGCCUGCGUGUCGCGGAAAGAGUUAGUUCGUAUGCAGAUCCUUCUGCAGAAUCUUCCGAGCAGAUGGCAGACGAAGGCAACGAGUUCAUGGAUGAUGCGCAUGGACUCUUGCUUGGGCAAGCUGAUGACGCCCCACUCAUUACGGCAGGUCAAUUCACGUUGACAGAGCUGAAUAUGGGAUCCAAGCCUACACGGAAGCCCAAGCGAAAGCACGAUAGUGAUACAGAUAUGGAAACGCUGGAAGAGGAUGAGUGGAGGCUUCUUUGA